GAGACAUCAGAGUCAAACAUAGAAUUGCGACAAAAUAAAACUACCGGAAAAAUUCAACCCAGAAAACCCAAACCAUGCCUGAGUCUCCGGCGAAGCCGGCAGCGGUACCCAAUCCGCCAUGCCUGCUGGAUGUAGAGGAUCAGACCGACAAUAUUACCCUUAGUAAAGCCGCCAACCCCAAAUCCACCUUGAGCAAUUCAACGAAAACGACCACCCGGGCUGCAGCACCGAUUGUAUCACACGACUCGUCCACGACACAGCCAGCAAAUGCAGGAGAUGAUCGUGGGACCACGUCAAGUUCGUCCAAAAAAACAACAACUACUACCCAAGAUGAUGUUGAAAACAGCCUAGUAAAUAAACAACAACCCAAGAACCAACCGAGCGGUGAGCAGGAACCCCCUGCUGUCGAAGAAUCCCCCGCUCCUGCCGUGUUACAGAUGAAACAUGACCCCGGAAGUAGUAGACCUACAAAGUGCA